AUGAAAAUGAUACUUUGGCUUCUAUUGGUUUUCUUUUCAGAAGUCUACACAGAGGUCCAGCUGGAAGAGUCCGGAAGGGGUAUGAAAAGGCCUGGAGAGUCCCUCCGCCUCUCCUGUAGAGCGUCUGGCUUCACUUUCAGUACCUCCUGGAUGACGUGGUUCCGACAGGCUCCAGGGAAGGGACUGGAGUGGGUGGCCAAUAUACGCGGCGAUAGUAACGAUUAUAACUAUGCCAACUCAGUGAAAGGCCGCUUCACCAUCUCCAGGAGCAACCCCACAAACAUGUUGUAUCUUCAGAUGAACAACCUGAAAACUGAAGACACUGCUUUGUAUUCCUGUGCAAGUGUCUACUCCCAAGUGGUGCUCACCCAGUCAGAUCCAGUAAGUAAAAAACCAGGGGAAUCCGAUAAGCUGAGCUGUGCUGGCACUGGGUUCAACGUUAACAGCUACUGGAUGGAUUGGAGCAAAAGGGUGCUUCACCAUCUCCAGCUACAAUAUGGACUGGGUAAGACAGAAACCAGGCAAAGGCCUGGAAUGGCUUGUCCACUACUACAGCUCGAGACCACCUCUGCCAGCUCGGUCAGGGAGGCUGCUGGGCAGAAGGGUGUCCACUCUCAAGUGGUGCUCACCCAGUCAGAUCCAGUAAUGAAAAAGCCUGGAGAAUCACAUAAGCUAAGCUGUGCUGUCACUGGGUUCAACAUUAACAGCUACUAUAUGGAUUGGGUAAGACAGAAACCAGGCAAAGGCCUGGAAUGGCUUGUCCACUACUACAGCUCUUCAGGCAAUUAUUAUUCCCCCACAAUCCAAGGACGAUUCACUGCCUCAAAAGACAGCUCCAACUUCUAUCUGCAAAUGAACAACCUGAAAGCAGAGGACACUGCCGUUUACUACUGUGCGAGAGACACAGUGAGAUAG